AUGUCCAACAAUCCUCAACCACCCUUCCAACCUCCUACUGGCGGCUACGGUUAUUUGAAUCAGCCUGGUCCGUUCUUGUAUCACCAUCACCAAGCAGGACAAGGUCAUGUUGCACAACAACAACAACAUCCCUAUGUGAUCUACCCACAAAUGGUUCAAGGACAAAUACCUCCAGUCUAUAUUCUUGGAGGGGGUGCUUCCGGUGUACAACCUCAAGUCGUGGCCACUCAACCUGUUCAGAUGGAUCAAGAGCCUUCAUUGGAGGAACGUUUGGCUACCACUACUGAACAACCAACAACCAAUGCAUGUCAAUCUUGUCCAUUCUCUAGAUUGAGAUCUCAAUCGUGUAGAACCAGCAAGGUUUGCCAAUUCGUCAAGGCAAACAAGGAGUUCACUGCUCAAAUUGUUGUCUUCACCAUCAUUGCUAUCAUGACUAUUAUUACAUUAAUUACUUUUCCAUCUGUUGCACUAUUCUUGCUUCCAAAGGUUAUUUUGGGUGCUUUGGCCCUUGUAUCCAUCCACAAGAAGAAAGUUAUGGCUCUCAACUUCUUUAACGGUGCUUUGAUUAUUGAUUUCUUGUAUUUAUUUAUUGCUUUCAUGGUUGUUGCAUCUAGCUUUAGCCAUUCCAGAAGCUAUGGUUAUCAUUUUGCUGUUUCUAUUCCAUGGCAUGCAACUAUUCAUAUUUUGGAGCUUGUAAUGAUUGUUUUGUCCAUCUGGCUCUCAAGAAAGGUUUAUAGACAGACUCAUUCCACUCAAGUUCCAGCCCAAGAGCAAGUAGUGCCAGUUCAUGUUGCCUCCAAUGAACAACCACAACAACAGCAAUCUGCCUAUGCUCGUCUCCAAGAUGAACAAGAGAGCACUCCACAACAGCAAGCACAAAACGAGGAAGUUAUUCAAAGAUACUAUCCAAGUUUGAACAACAAUACUAACAAUAACCUUUAA